AUGGCGAUGGCGGUGGCGCGGCGGGGCGCCGCGGCCCUGGCGCGGUGGCGCGGGAUGUGCUCGAGCUCAGCGUCGGCGCCGGCGGCAGGGCGCGGCGCGGCGCUGUCCUCAGAGGAGCUCAUGCGGAUGGAACGGGACUGCAGCGCGCACAACUACCAUCCAAUCCCCAUGGUGUUUUCCAAAGGAGAAGGUUCACACAUAGUGGACCCUGAAGGCAACAAAUACAUCGAUUUUCUCUCUGCUUAUUCUGCAGUCAAUCAGGGUCAUUGCCAUUCAAAAGUCCUGAGAGCUUUGAUAGAACAGGCAGAAAGGCUUACGCUCAGUUCUAGAGCUUUCUACAACGAUAAGUUCCCAAUCUUUGCGGAAUAUCUGACAAGCAUGUUUGGAUAUGACAUGAUGUUGCCAAUGAAUACUGGAGCUGAAGGAGUUGAAACUGCUAUCAAAUUGGCUAGGAAAUGGGGUUAUGAGAAGAAACAGAUACCAAAGAAUGAGGCUUUGCUUGUCUCUUGCUGUGGGUGUUUCCAUGGUCGAACUCUUGGUGUCAUUUCCAUGAGCUGUGACAACGAUGCAACUCGUGGUUUUGGUCCUUUGGUUCCUGGCCAUCUUAAAGUUGAUUUUGGAGAUAUUGAUGGGUUAAAGAAAAUCUUUGAAGAGCAUGGAGAUCGGAUUUGUGGUUUUUUAUUUGAACCUAUCCAAGGUGAAGCUGGGGUAGUAAUCCCACCAGAUGGCUAUUUGAAAGGUGUCAGAGAUUUGUGUUCUAAACAUAACAUUUUGAUGAUUGCUGAUGAGAUCCAAACUGGCAUAGCUAGAACUGGUAAAAUGCUGGCAUGUGAUUGGGAAAACAUACGGCCUGACAUGGUGAUUCUAGGCAAGGCACUCGGUGCUGGAGUUGUUCCAGUCAGUGCAGUUCUUGCAGACAAGGAUGUCAUGCUGUGUAUCAGACCAGGGGAACAUGGAAGUACAUUCGGUGGGAAUCCGUUAGCCAGCGCUGUGGCAGUUGCAUCACUGAAAGUGGUCAGAGACGAAGGUCUUGUUGAAAGGGCUGCAAAGUUAGGACAGGAGUUUAGGGACCAGUUACAGAAGGUCCAACAGAAAUUCCCUCAAAUCAUAAGAGAAGUGCGUGGGAGGGGUUUGCUGAACGCAGUGGAUUUAAACAAUGACGCGCUAUCUCCUGCUUCUGCAUAUGACAUCUGCAUCAAGUUGAAGGAGAGAGGCAUUUUAGCGAAACCCACACACGACACUAUAAUCCGACUUGCUCCUCCUCUCUCAAUCAGUCCUGAGGAGCUUGCAGAAGCAUCCAAGGCGCUUAGUGACGUGCUGGAGCAUGACUUGCCACAGAUGCAGAAACAGAUAAAAAAGCCAGAAUCUGUGGCAGAGAAGCCAGUCUGUGACAGAUGCGGCCGGGACUUGUAUGGAUGA